AUGUCCCUCCUCACAGCAACCCGCCUCUCUCCAGUCGGCCUGCGCGCUACCUCCUCUCUGCGCCACCUGCCCCUCGCCCUUCCUAACGCAGCGCUCCAUCCCAUCCCAACGCCGCCUCCGUCACUGUCAAUCCGCUCGCUCCAGUCCGCAGCCGCCACCGCAACCGAGGUCCGGCCACGCACCCGCCAUGCCCCGACUUGUGCUACUUCUGCCGCGGUCGCAGCCGGACGCGCACACUCUACCCUCAUGUCCAACCUCUCCAUCCCUUCUUCUGAGCACGCUACAGGGCUCAAGCACGGCAGUCGAGUGGCGGACGUGAGGGCACACUCGAAUACUACUGCCCUCCGUCCCGAUGUGGCGCAGAAGGAGGAAGGGCAGUUUGUGGUUGGUGGUGGAAGGGGUGCCGAGGGGGCGUACAACGUCAACCCCGAACACGAAGUCAACGACCUCCUCUCCUCGUCCCAGGGUGCAUGGACGCUCAUGAACCCCAUCUACACCAACACCGAGCUCGACAGCGUCAAGGUCGUCGAGCGCACCCCCCAGACGUUGAGCGACAAGGCCGCUCACGGCAUCGUUAAAAUCCUUCGCCGCACGUUCGACCUGUUCACCGGCUACAUCGCCAAGGACAUCCCGAAGGAAGUGCUGGCUCAGCGUCCCAUCCCUGUCGCCGAGCUGCGCGCCAAGAACCAAGUCCUCUCGGACAAGCAGUGGCUCCUCCGCAUCAUCCUGCUCGAGAGCAUUGCCGGCGUACCCGGCAUGGUAGCCGGUACGCUCCGCCAUCUCCGCUCGCUUCGCCUGAUGCGUCGCGACGGCGGCUGGAUCCACACGCUGCUCGAGGAGGCCGAGAACGAGCGCAUGCACCUCCUCACCUUCCUGACCGUCUCGCAGCCGACAUUGUUUACGCGAGCGCUCGUCUUGGCCGCCCAGGGCGUAUUCUACAACGUCUUCUUCCUCACAUACCUCUUUGCGCCUAAGACGGCGCACCGCUUCGUUGGCGCGCUCGAAGAAGAGGCCGUACGUACAUACACCCACUGCAUCGAGGACAUGCAGCACGGCCUCCUUCCUGAGUGGGACAACAAGCCAGCCCCCCAGAUCGCCAUCGACUACUGGCGCAUGUCGCCUGAUGCCACACUGUUCGACGUGAUCCGUGCGGUGCGCGCCGACGAGGCAACUCACCGUUUCGUCAACCACUCCCUCGCCAACCUCGACCAGAAGCACGACUUUAACCCCUUCGCCCUUGCCGAGGCGUCACCCGAGGUUCGCGGGUCGAUGCCGGGCUUUACACGCGAGGAGAGCGCCGAAUUUGCCCGCCAGACGCAGCAGAAGCUCCUCGGUCCGGCAGCCGAGAAGGACAGCAAGAAGAUGGAACCCGGGCACUAG